AGCAAAAAUUCUGAGAAAACCGGAGCUCACCGGAGCCCUGGCAGGCUCAUCGGCGGCUGCGGACGCGGACGCACGCCGACGAAGACGUAGUAGCCCUCUGGAUUACCUGAGGCACAAGGCCCGUGAAGCUGCCCGUGAAGCUGCCUUGGCAGACACGGGCACCAGCGCGGCAUCUAAAAUGGGUAACAAUGCCGCGACCGCUAACAAGAAGGUCGACGCCGCCGAGAGCGUCAAGGAGUUCCUCGAUAAAGCGAAGAAGGAGUUCGAGGACAAGUGGAAGAAGAAUCCGACCAAUACCGCCGCCUUGGACGAUUUCGAACGUAUCAAGACCCUCGGCACCGGUUCGUUCGGUCGCGUGAUGAUCGUUCAGCACAAACCCACUAAAGAAUACUACGCCAUGAAGAUACUCGAUAAGCAAAAGGUCGUAAAGCUGAAACAGGUCGAGCAUACGCUCAACGAAAAGAGGAUACUGCAAGCUAUCAGUUUUCCAUUCCUCGUAUCGUUGCGUUUUCACUUCAAGGACAACUCUUACCUGUACAUGGUGCUGGAAUACGUGCCCGGUGGCGAGAUGUUCAGCCACCUGCGCAAGGUCGGCCGCUUCUCCGAGCCGCACUCGCGUUUCUACGCGGCUCAGAUCGUCCUCGCGUUCGAGUACCUGCACUACCUCGACCUCAUCUAUCGGGACCUGAAACCGGAGAAUCUGCUAAUCGACUCGCAGGGCUACCUCAAGGUCACCGAUUUCGGCUUCGCCAAGAGAGUGCAGGGACGAACGUGGACUCUGUGCGGCACGCCGGAGUAUCUGGCGCCCGAGAUCAUUCUCAGCAAGGGUUACAACAAGGCGGUGGACUGGUGGGCACUGGGCGUGCUGGUCUACGAGAUGGCCGCCGGCUAUCCACCAUUCUUCGCCGAUCAGCCGAUUCAGAUUUACGAGAAGAUCGUGAGCGGCAAGCCGCGCUUCCCAUCGCACUUCGGCUCCGACCUCAAGGAUCUACUGCGCAAUCUGCUGCAGGUCGACCUCACCAAGAGGUACGGCAACCUCAAGGCGGGCGUAAACGACAUCAAGGGCCACAAGUGGUUCGCCAGUACCGACUGGAUAGCCGUCUUCCAGAAGCGAAUAGAAGCGCCGUUCAUACCGCGCUGCAAGGGACCAGGCGACACCAGCAAUUUCGACGAUUACGAGGAGGAGACCUUGAGGAUCUCGCUGACGGAAAAGUGCGCCAAGGAAUUCGCCGAGUUUUGAACGCUGCGCCAGGUCGGCAAGUUGCUCGCAACCGGAGGUGGUGGAUACGCACGUCGUGUCGCGCCUCAUCGUCGGGCUGACGUGGCACGGCGCUCCUUCGUCAUCGUUCGCCGUCAUCGCCGUCAUCGCCGUCGUCACGUUGGUGAUUCGCUUUUUUUGCG